CUGCCCCUCUUUCCGUUUGGCGCCCUUUUUUGCGCUUCUUUUAUACCCUUGUUAGCUUCCGUUGUCCAUAGUUCGACCUCAUACAUUCAUGGCCUAAAACCCUGACACAACAGCCUUCUUGAGCAUCUCAAGAUGGGUCGGUCUUUUACUAUCUCGCUGGCUGCGUUUGCAGCCACAGGGUCAUUCCUGUUCGGCUACGACAGCGGUGUCAUGACAGAUGUCAUCGAGUCAAAGAAUUUCUUGACUUUCUUCAAUACCACCCAGACAUCGUCCAUCAUUGGAGCUAUUAACAGUACAUUUUCUGGUGGAGCUUGCAUUGGCUCCCUCCAAGGGGGCCUAACGAUGGAUCGCUUCGGACGAAAGUUCACAAUCCAGAUGGGUGCUUUGAUAUGUAUGAUCGGCGCUAUUCUGCAAUCGUCAGCGAAAAACCUGGCUAUGAUCCUUGUUGGUCGUAUCCUGGCCGGCUGGGCCGUUGGUCUCAUGUCGAUGUCCGUCCCCGUAUAUCAAGCAGAGGUCGCCCAUCCACGUUCCCGUGGGUUCAUCAUCGGUCUAUCCCAGCAGAUGAUCGGUGUUGGAUUUAUUGUCAGCACCUGGGUCGGCUACGGAUCCCUUCAUGCGCCAGACACCAGCGAAGUCCAAUGGCGGUUUCCUCUUGCAUUUCAAGCCGUCCCUGCGCUUCUCCUAGUGAUAGGCAUGUUCUUCAUGCCCGAGUCACCUCGAUACCUAAUCGAAAAGGAGCGCUACGAUGAAGCCAUGAAAAUCCUGCGAAAGCUACACUUUGACGGCACCAACGAGGACUGGAUUCAAUCCGAGUACAACGAGAUCAAAUCCACCAUUCAAGCCGAAAAAGCCGCCACAGCUCCCGGAUGGCUUAUCAUGUUCCGUGUCCCUCAAUGGCGAACCCGACUAUUCCACGGCAUCGCCGUCCAAGUCUUCACCCAAAUGACCGGCGUCAACGUCGUCAACUACUACCAAACAAUCAUGUACAACGCCCUGGGCAUCACCGGCAACCGCAACACCCUCGUCGCCGGAAUCUACAACUGUGUAGGCCCAAUCACCAACUUCAUCUUCAUUUUCUUCCUCCUAGACCGCGUCGGACGCCGAAAACCCAUGAUGUUCGGAACGAUCGCCAUCUCCAUCGCCCUAAUCUGCGAAGCAGCCCUCUACUCCCAGAACCUAGACGGUACCCGAAAGGGCUACAGUAUCGGGGGCGUCUUCUUCAUCUUUUGCAUCACCGUCUUUUUCUCUUUAUCAUUUGGACCUUGUAGUUGGGUCUACAUGGCAGAAGUAAUGCCGAUGCAAAUCCGCGGCCGCGGAAACGCCUUCGCCACGGCAACCGGUAACUGGGCCGUAAGCACACUCUGGAGCCAGGUCUCGCCGAUCGCGCUGGAAAAGAUCCAAUGGAAGUUCUAUUUUAUUUUUGCCGCGUGGAAUCUAUGUAUCACGCUUCCAACAGUCUACUUCCUGUUCAAAGAGACUAAUCAAAAGUCGCUCGAGGAAAUCGAUCUCCUCUUCGGAGGUCGGGCGUUGGGCACUCUCCCUGAGGAUGUAGGUGCCAAGGGGGCUACGGAGACUGAGAAGGCAGAGGAAACGGGGGUGUCGGUGGUGAAUGUGGAGCAUACGGUGUGAUUUCUUAUUAUAUAUUGGUGAUGGUGAGGGGAUGGUCGAUGUGUGUUGUACAUGCAUUCUGAAUAGCUCGAGGUCCUCAUCAUCGAGUCUCAACACCA